AUUUGGCACUGAUCAAUUGUUCGGGUCGUAUUUGGCACGACUGAAAUAGUUGGGGUCGAAAUUGGCACUUUUCCCAAGAAAUAGCAGUCAAGAUACCUUGCACUAGAAAUGACAGAGAGUUUCUUAAUGAAAUCAAUCUUUUGCGAAAGCUCAGGCACAAGAAUCUGAUCCAUCUUCUUGGUUUCUGCUCUAAAAAAGACCAACAUUUUCUUGUUUAUGAGUUCAUGCCUAAUUCAAGCCUUGAUCAUUUUAUAUUCGACCCAUUUAGAGCUUCUCAGCUAAGUUGGGAUGUGCGUAGAAACAUUGUCGUAGGCGUAGCUCGAGGGUUACACUACCUUCAUGAAGAAUCUGGAUUGCAGAUUGUUCACCUCGACAUUAAACCUAGUAACAUUCUUUUGGAUGAAGAUUUUCAACCAAAAAUCACAGGGUUUGAAGUGGCGAGGCUGAUUCAAGAUGGCCAAAACGAAGCAAAAUCAACUAGACUUUUCGAUGCUGCUGGAUAUAUAGAUCUACAUUUCCACCAAACCUUGCGUUUUUCUACCAUAACUGAUGUCUAUACCUUUGGGGUUACCAUCUUGACGAUCAUAGCCAGAAGAAGCAUUCAUAGUUCGAACGAAGAAACUCUAAUCCAAUAUGCUCUGAGAUGCUGGACCAGAGGAGAAGCCAUCAAUAUGAUCGAUGAAGUCAUGAUAAAAGAAGAAAGAGAAGAUUCAGUAAGCGAAAUAUUGAGAUACAUUCACAUUGCUCUGCUCUGUGUCGAUCUCAAUACAAGGCCGAGUUUAGAUGAAGUUCUUCAUUGGUUUAGCUAUUUCUCUACUCCUUUACCUGAACCAAGAAUUGGUGAUCAGUCUCUUGUAGAGGGAGAAACAAUUGAUAAUAUGUCUCUUGAAGAGAGAGAAACAAAUUGGUUAUUGUCGCCAUCUCCCGGAUAUGGCUCUCCUAUGUCACCCGUGUCUCCACGUUAAGGAGACUUAAGUGUCGUGGAAUGAAUUUAGCUCUACUUGAUGAAUUCUCUUUUUAUUUCUUUGUUGAGAGUUUAUAAUGAAAUUGAUAUAUGGCUUACUCUUAUAAAACAAAUAGAAUCCAUAUCUAGAUAUUUGAUUCAAUAUCUACAUUCUAUAUGUUUAUAAAUUCAGUUUUUGCAUGGGUACUA